AUGAUCACCAUUACCGACUCAAAGCGACCGAAGCAGAGUGAUGCUGACGCCCUACUGCCAGAAUCGUCAAACUCUACGCGGACUCCGUGCAUCAGCUUUACGGGGAAGCCGCCAUUAAAUGUCCUUACUGAGGCCUUCUUGCCGCCAGAACUCACGAGCGUCCUUGAUAUCCACCAGAAGGGUUUAGUGAAAAUACCCUUGCCUCAGGACUGUCUCCCGUUUGUUGGUGGCAGAGCGACUUCCUGCUCUCCAAGAAACAGGAACACCGAGGCUCAGAAUUGUGCAUAUUGUCUGGCGAAUGUUGCACAUCCUCGGUUGGGGAGGGGUGAAUCUUACGUCUGCGGUUAUAAGCCCUAUCGAUGCGAGAUCUGCAACUACUCCACCGUCACAAAGGGCAACCUUGCAAUCCACGAGCAGUCGGACAAGCAUUUGAAUAAUGUUCAGGUAAGGCAACGCGGUCCAAUGUCGAAAGACUGCUAUCGAGCCGUUGAUGACCAAUCCGCGCUUACUGUCCACGGCAACAUGUCAUAUGGGAUUAUCGUAUCCUUUUGUCACAACGUCUUUGUUCCUAAAGAGACACUUUUUGCUCCCUCAGCGGAUUAUGACCAUCAACAGAGUUUGCAGUACCUGAAGUCUCUCGAAGAAUCUACGACAGGAGUACUGACUAAGUUCAAGAACGGCAAGAUCGCCGGUGCCACCGGUCUUUCCCUGGAAAAAGAAUCAAAGAGUCCAUAUAUAACCAACCAAAAGAUGCCAGGAGACCCAGACGUUCAGGGAUCCACCAACUCAGACCUAGAUCUCUACGCCGCCUUCAACAGUGGACCCAGAUUUCUGCCCCCAGUUAUUAAUUCUUUUAAACAACAAAAUGGUCUUCAAAACAACGGAAGACAUGUCACAAAACACUCCUCCCAACUCCUCGCUGCCACAGUACCCACGAAGAACGCGCCAACAAUACAGGGUGAAAGCUUCCUCGGUCUGCCAGGCGACUCUGACCUCCUGCAUCUACCCGAGACGAUGGGCCAGCCUCUGGUAUGCCUAAUCUGCUCGUCCUUCUGCACCGACAACCCCGAGGCGUUGAUAGAACACGCCGAACGUAGUCGCAUCCCGCUUGAUUUGGAGGCCACCAACCGGCAAGUUACGACGCACGCGGAUGGCAUGUGGCACUGCAGGGUAUGCACUUAUCGCAGUGCCCUGAAGGCCAACUUCCAGCUGCAUUGCAAAACCGAAAAGCAUGCGCAACGUCUCAGUCUUCUAGUGCACAUUUGGGAGGGGCUGUCAACAGCCAACAGCAGCCAAGAUGAGCCUGCUAGCGGGUUAUGUGGUCAGCAGCUUCGAUGUCUGGCUUGCGGCUUCUUCUCGGGUUCAGUGCACAAAUUUCGUGUUCACUGUCAGAUGCUGAGCCAUGUGCGCUUUGCCCGCCUCUUCAGUUACAUUACGCACAAGAGAGACGAGCUGAGAGCCGCCCUUGUCGCCUUUACGCAAGUCUAUGUAGAUCACCUGAAGACGAUGGUUCCGAGUCUGUCAGUUGGGCAGACGGCUGCCGCGGAUAAUGCGUCAAAACAGAAUGCAGUCAGCGUGGUCAACUCCACAGCCGCCACCGCUGCCGUGCAGAAUCUUCUUAAGAUGGUGGCUGAAGUCAAGAUCGUCUACGACUGCCGGUCCUGUCUUCAUGCAGCACCAACUGAAGCAGCAGCAGAAAACUUUUCCUGGUUCAGCGUAGCUGAGGUUCUGCGACACUGUCACUCAGAGGAACACCAGGUCAGCUAA